AACAGCGGUUACUAUGGUAACAGACUGGCCACAGAAUAAACCUGCGAUCGCUUAACAGUUUUCUUGUGCAACACAUUAAAUCAGUUAUAGUUACGACGUGUUUACAAUGUCAGAUACGGGAUCAGAGAAUUUAGAAGAGCCGAUUUACCUUGGAGAAUAUCAUGGCGAUAGAAACGAAAUUGGGGAGAGACACGGAGUCGGGAAGGCAGUGCUCCCCAACGGAGAUACCUAUCAUGGAGUAUAUGAAAACGGCAAAAGGAGCGGAACUGGAACUUACCUUUUUAAAAAUGGAGCUUGUUACAUUGGAGAAUAUUACAUGAACAAGAAACAUGGGCAGGGAAUUAUCUACUACCCUGAUGGAUCCAAAUAUGAAGGAGGAUGGGUGAAUGACCAGCGACAAGGUCACGGUGUUUACACAUAUAACAAUGGAGACACAUAUAAUGGAGAAUGGUUGCAAAAUCAGAGGCAUGGGCACGGUGUUUACACCUAUCAUGACACUGGCUCCAGGUAUGUGGGUACCUGGAUGUUUGGAAAGAUUGAAUCAUCAGCAGGCGAGUUAGUACAUCUCAACCACAAAUAUCAAGGAAACUUUCACAAUAAUAAUCCUUCUGGCCCAGGGAGGUAUGUGUUUGACAUUGCUUGUGAGCAGCAUGGAGAAUUUGGUCAAGUAGAUCAGGAAAGGGUGCUUGAUGAAGAAGAAGAAGACCCAGUUGCUGCUGUACAUCUAAAGUGGCGUCCAGUUUCUAUCUCUGGUCUUACACACUAGCACACCAGCCUAGUCAAAAGAUCACCUUCCCAGAUGGCAUGUGAGGAGCUGCAUUAAAUUGCCACUCCAGUGAUCAACACUGAUGAACUACCCAGAAGACCAAAGAGCAAAGGGAGAUUGACUUAAGAGCUGUCUUUGUCUACAGUCUUUGUUUUUUGUAUGUACCAUGUUUUGUUCUAAUACUGAUUAUUAUGGCUAGAGAAAGUUCUUGAUUUCACUUCUGUUGAUUUUGUUAGCUGCUAUGUUAAAUUAAAUCAUUUAGAGUAGGGAUUUACAACAACUUGAUGUCUGUGAACUGGUUUACAUCAUACAAAAAAUUGCACAGACUGGUAAAACAGCUAUGGGUGUGGGUGAGGGGUAUCAAUGGAUCAAUCUGAGAUUUUGUACGUUUAAUUGUUUCCAUUUUUUCAAAUGCAAAUGAAAUGUGCAAAUGUAAGGGAUUGUAAAAAAAAAUAAAUAUGUAGUUUUAGGGGUGAAAUUAACUAGCCCCCAGCAUUCCGUGGCCUGGUGGAAUAUUGGCCAUAGGCCACUACCGGUCCCUGGAAUGAAGGUUAGGAACCCAUAAUUCAGAGGAUACCCCUUCUGUACAUCAGGACUUAUCAGUCUUAAUGGUUCAAAUGGCUUUCAAAUGGUUCAAAUGACUAGAUAUUCAUGUGGAAGUUCAGGUUAAGUACCGUUAACUGGGGCAGGGCACCUACUGCAAUUUGAAUCAGCAGCCUUCAUGCUACAAGUCACUGAAAUACCAUAGUUUUAAAAAGAUUAUAAACUCAGACUCAGGGUAUAAAUUUGUAUAAGACUUAAGACAAUUAAAAUAUCACAUGGUAUAAUUUGAUAUUUACAUAAUUUUUAGAGUUACACGUUAGCAGAUACUUUUGUCCAUACUGAUAUACAAUUUAUUCUAACCUAAUAAGACGAUUCAAGGACCAGAAGUGCAACAAUAAGAACAUUCAGGGUAUGAUUCAUGGAACAGAUGGGUCUUGAGGGAUCGCUUUGAGGUGGAGAAGGAGUCUGAUGACUGCAUGUGGUUUAGUAGCUCAUUCCACCUUCAGGGAAUCAUAUAAGUGAACCAUCUGAAGUGACACUUCUCGUGUGGUGGAGGGAACUCCAAGCGGUGUUGUCUUGCUGACCGAAGGUGGUAAGAUUGGACACUGGUCUUGAGGAGGUUUUUGAUAGAGAUGGGUGCCAGUUUACUGAUGGACCUGUAAGCCAGCACCAAGGACUGAACUUAAUGCAAGUGCUAAAAGAGACCUAAUGGAAGAGAGACAAGGAAGGGUGUGACAUGAGAACAUUUAGGCUGAAUGAAUAUGAGAUGAGCUGCUGCAUUUCGUAUAACCUGCAGUUGUCUGAUAGCAUAAGCUGUCUACUAGUAGAGAGCAUAUGCAGUGUAGUAGCAAGGUAACAAAUGCCUGGCCCAGAAGCUGAUUUGCAUACUCAGAUAGAAAAUGCCUGAUUUUCUUGAUGGUAAACAGGAUGAACUUGCAAGAUUGGGAAAGCACUGUUAUGUGCCGAGCAAAGGACAACUGGUCAUCUAUUAUUAUGUAUCAUACUAUAUGUUUGUUUCAAGUCAACUACUGCUUAGCUUUUGUCACUGGUCAGAUAAUGGUUCCUAGAUUUAUUCAUUUUGGUAUAUGCUAUAAAGAUCAUGCAAAAAUG